GCAGUUACAGAAAAACACAGAGGGGGAAGGAGGGAGAGACGGUGCGAGAAAGAGAGAGAGAGAGAGCUCGAGAGCUUUGUUUGGGUGUAAACGGCAGAGGGACUGAGAGAGUGAAGGGGUGCAAUAGGUUGAGCUUGAGCUCGAUGAAGAGGAAGAUGGAGUUUUGGGGUUUGGCCUAAUUGGAACACGUAGAAAAGGAGAGAGAGGACUCGGGCGGUACAGAGAGGCGAAGAGAGAGAGCUACGUAGAGAGGUCAAGGCGAGUAAACGGAGUGUAAGCAAGAGGAUGACGGGGAAAGGGACCCGAUUGGAGGCAGAGGACACAGCAAGCUGAGGGAACAUUCAGGACAGUAAAUAGGAUAACGUUCAAAGGAAAGAGGUCGUGACUAGGGGAAGGGAAGCUUUUUCGAGGGGAUUGAAGAGUUUUCAAAGCCCUUGUUUGGCAAAACGUUAUUAAAACAUUCCGAGGGUUUAGUUAGGCUUUUUUGAUUUAUUAUGUACUGUUGGGGGCACAAUUGUCCAAAUAUCUCUAGGUAAGAGAGAUCCAAACUCUCCUAAUUGUGGAAGGCUUGGGAAAUUGAGCUUGCUUCUACUCAAUCCAAACUGAGUGUAAAAGGUGGCACGAAGUGACAGAAAAAAUUUGUUGGCAUAAAGCAUCUUAUCCCCAAUUAUGGUUGAGCAUGACUUGCCAGUUGAAGUCGGCCAGCUAGCAGAGUCGAAAUCUUUUAUUCGCGGCUUUUAUGGUACUUGGUUCUGUUGCAAGGUUUGGAGAAACACUUCUCAAUGGGUUAUCAUAAAACUAAGCUACUGUGCAUUGUUGUUUGGUAGUCUCUUUUCUUGUUGGGAAACAGUUUAUAAAAUGCAAAACCGUUGUUCUUGUCUAUAAGAUAUGGAAGAUUACAAGAAGGAGUGGUGACCCAUAUGUGCAUUUGAGAUAUUAUGAUUUUCCAGAUGAAAGUAAGCUCAACCCGGGCAUCAUCGUCCUUUACUGCAUAGAUAACCUUCUAUGAAAUAUUCAAACUUCAAUUGCAUUCAGUCUUAGUUCUUACAGGACUUGUAUUGCUAAUAUUAAGUCAAACACUUGAGAUUGCAGGAAUUUUGCCAACGAAAUUGUACCAGAAUAUUCCAUCAGUUAAACCAAAAAAACAGCAAUUGAUGGUGCGCCCGCGCUUCCCCCUAGUACGUCGCAAGAGCGAGAAGAUCAAUAUUGAUGACAGCUCUGAAUUGACUGUUAUUGCCGAAGAUCAGUGGAAGGAGGGAGACUUGGUUGACUGGUGGAAAGAUAACUGCUAUUGGUCUGGACGUGUGACUAAAGUACUGGACAAUGAGAAGGUUCAGAGUUACCCCGUCCUCCAGAAGGUGAAGGAGACACAUGGGAUGCUUACUCGAAGGAUCUGCGCCCUUCUCUAGAAUGGUCUCCAGAAACUGGUUGGACCUUGCCAACCAUAAAGGUUGGUAAACAUAACCGCCAUUGUGCUCAGUUGAUCAAGCCUCUUAAUGAAGGCAAACCUGCUGAUUCCCGUUCUGCACACGAAGCUCGGAAGAAUACUAGAUCUAGUGCUUUAUUUCUUCCCAGGCUCGGUCAAGGAGCUCACCAUCAUCAUUGGAGAUAGUACCACCGCUAGCAGCUGAAGGUCCUCUUAGCAUUGCUAAAUCUAAAGGGACUCUAGAACCUUCUGGUUCAGGGGUUCAAAAGACCCACUCCUCUGACAGUGUUACUGGCUUUGAUAUCCAAGAAGACAAGGAGAAAGAAGCUGCACCAGCAUUGGAAGAAUUGAAAAGUGAGAGCACAAUACGCUUAAAUUCGAUGUUCUCUAACACGUUAGAAGGUGCAGUGUUGGACUUGGAGACCCUUGCUACCCGUUUCAGAAUGCUUCAGGAUAUCCUUGAGUUUGGAGUGCUUCCUGAGACAGGUCAAUUCUCAUUGAAGAUUCCACAAAGCCGUGCACCACCUAUGUGGAAGCGAGCCCCUUCUAUAAGAUGCUAUCCUGGACCUGUAGUGUCGAUGUGGACCAUCAUAGGUCCCAUUUGCAGCACAUGCGAUGCACAGCUGGUGAGCUUUUCCUGCCUCUUAUGAUUAACUUGUCGGGUGUUGCGUUAUUAAUCUUUUCAUUAUCAUGCGGGGACGUAUGUCAUGUCAUUCUCGUAGGUUUACAUGAGAAUUUGGCUGGGUCUUUUGUUGGAUGAGAAGCAACUGCAAAGGAUCUGUGUAGCAGAAACUGACAUACUACGAAAGAACUAUCAGCGGGGCUCUGUUUUUUUUAUGUCCGCCCUGCCAGAAGAGCUCUUGUACAAUGUGGUUACGUCGUAGCCAGUGAAAGAUGCGAAGUUAUCAGCCCCUCGACUGCUCAGACAAUCUCAAUAAAUGAAUGUGCAGUUACUCUUUUUCUGGUAUACGGUGUAAUGACACUUGGUUUGAAAAAGAUGCUCCAUUUGAUUGAAGAAGAUCAUUAGUGUUACUUGAAUAGGGCACGUCGAGGUUGAGAAAGGUGUUGACGAGGCUCCAGCUCAUUUGAACUUUCAGGAUCACUUGAGCCGGCACUAUUCAGUUUUGUUGAAAACUACAGUUGAGGCUUAAGCUUCAGAUCACCCCACAGCUUAAUUCGAGGUGCAAAUAUAAAAUGGUUGCAGGUUUAGAUGCAUAUGCAACUGACAAACUGAUCGGCCUUGUGAAUCGAUGAAACAAUAGCCGCUUGACUGGAGUCAUGGGAGACUCGGUCUCAUUGCCAGGACCACGUCAACCUGAAGUGCAGAUUGAUCCUAACUAAUCUGAUCUGCGUACCUUGUAAGAGGUUCAUUUGAAGGUUAACGAACUGAGGUCUACCCGAACCAUCAAUCGGUUCAGCAUGGUCAAAUGUAUGGUCUAAAAACUUGAGAAAAAAAGUGGGGGAUGCCUGAGAGGCGAGGAGACAGUAGCCACAGGGUACAUUUCGAGUACCAGCAGCUACACCAUCAAACCAUCUCGAGGCCAGUCACAGAGCGUGGGCAUCGGUGUUUCUUUGGUUUUAGCCGCACGAGGGGAAACUCCGGGCAAAGACCCCCAACGGGUGAGCCUCUUUCGAGGUCAGGUUUUAGGGUUUAAGUAACCUGCUCAUGAUAACCACAGACCUAUGACGUCCCCCGACGAUGCCUGCGGUCAGUGGCUCUGUCUAAUAUAAAGUGACAAUGAUAACGCAAAUUGAACGGUGUGGGACGCAACUUUAAAUAAAUGGAAUGACUGCUUUUCAAAAAGAAAUUUCCUGGUAGUAAUUUGGAAUAAGUCAAUAGAUAAGUGACUAAAUUGUAAGUACAAAAAAGAAUAAGCCGCCUUUCUUCUUUUUUUUUUCAAAUUUCCCAUUUUCCCUCUCUCUCUCGCUCUCUCGCUCUCGCUCUCGCUCUCGCUCUCUCUCGCUCUCUCUCUUCGGCAGAGCAAUGGAUGCUCAGCCGCUGAAGCUCCACAUCACGAAAGGGCCGAGGGCCGGCGAAACCCUAGAGUUCCGGCCGGGGUGCAGGGUCCGGGUGGGCCGGGUUGUCCGCGGCAACAACGUCGCCAUCAAGGACGCCGGGAUCUCCUCAAAGCACCUCUCCGUCGACUUCGACCCCGAAUCCGGGAAAUGGGUCCUCCAGGACCUCGACUCCUCCAAUGGCAGUUUCCUCAACGACUCCUCCGUUUCCCCUGGCAAACCCUACUUCCUGGGCGACGCGGAUGUCGUUAAGAUCGGUGAGUCCACUUCCAUCUCGGUUGAGCUCAAUUCUGCUGUUGUGGAGACGAAAUCGCGUAGAGGUGCGAAAGAGGUGAAUGACUUGAAGGAGGAUGCGAAAGGUAGUGUUUUGAAGUGUGAGAUUGUUGAUUUAGACCCGGAAGAGGGAUUGGGGAAUACAGGAGCCUCGAAGGUGGAGGUGGGGCCUGCCCGGGUGAGUCCAAGAAGGACCCGAGGUAGGAAAAAGUUAGAGGAGAAGCAAUUAGGUUUUGCAUCAGUGGGUGCUGGGGCUUCCGAGAAUCAGUAUGGGUCGGAAUGUGGAGAGAAGAAGGCUGUUGGAGGUAGAAGGACUCGCGCGGGUACGAGGAGGAUUAGGAACUUAGAUGAGCAGAAGCAAGCAGGUGUUCUGGGGAACUAUGCAGUGAAAGAGAUGUGUCCUGAUCUUAUGGAAAGUACAGAGGAGGUUGGGGUGGUGAAUUCGGGAGAGGAGAAUGGGGAUAAGGAAAAUUUAUUCUCAAAAAAUUUGGAGGAACAACAUGGGUUGGAAUGCCAAGGUAAGAAAGCUGAAAGUAAAAGAGCGCAAGCAGGCUCGAGGAGAAGGAAGAAAUUAGAUGAGGAGAAGCAAAUGGGUAUUAUGGAGGAUGUGGAGAGGUUGCACACGGUAGAAGAGGCACGGGAUGAAGGUAGGGAAGAUAAAGAGAGUGCAGAAAUUUUGAAUUUAGGAAAAGAAUAUGGAAAUGUGAAGUCGGAUAAUGGGAAUGUGGUUGGAACUCUUACUGGGGCAGAGCCAAAUCUAGGAGAAGGAUGUUCCCAUGUAUUGGAUAGCAGGGGAACUCAUGUUGAAGCACGGAAUAAGAAUAUCUGUGGGGUGAAUGAAAGUUCCAGGGAAGAUGGUUCGCUGCCUGAUCUGACAAAGAUGACUCUGAGGGAGUGGUUUGAUUUCAUGGAGGCUCAUUUGCCUAAGCAAAUAAUUGACGAGACCGAGAAGAUGAUUGCUGAGAUGAGGACCAAAGCCGUGCGGGUCAGGGAGUAUGUCGCAGAGCAGAAGGCUAACAAGUGCAAAGAACCUGUUCGGUAGCCUGUGGACCAUGGAAAUUUUGAUUAGGGUUUAUGAUUUCAUAUGAAUGUAUGCUGAAUCAACUAUAGCGGCUUCAAAUCUCAAAAGUGGAGCACGGUUUAGUAAAUAAUGUAUCAGUGCAGAUGAUUGAGCCACCGGGGGCUUCCUCAUCAAAAGCUUUCUGCAGGUGGGACUCGGAAGUUCGUCUUAGCAAUCUUAUUUGGAAUGACACCUAAUCUGGAAGGAUGAAGUUCCUUCCGUUCUCUUGUAAAAAGCUCAUCUUCUUAUGACAGGAGAUCUGUCAUUAAUAGAGCCUCUCUGACUCUGUGUGGCUAAAUCGAUUUAUGAUGCCAUAAUGACCGAUCAAUGAGACUAUCGGCUGAUGCAUUAAUUGUGUGAAAUCUGAGAUAUGGCUCAUAAUUUUGCGAAA